AUGUUUAGUUUGUUAUUUAAAAGGAAUAAUUGGCUAAAUCGGACAAAGCAUUUUGCUUUAAAGCUUAUUUACUAUGUUAAUGUUGCUUCAGUUGUUGAUAGUUUUCCUGCAAACCACGAGACUGGGGUAGCUGCCGAAGGUGGACGUCCUUCUCACAUGAAUAAUUUUUUGGAUUAUAAUCUUUCAUUAAAAAUUCAGCGUCUUUUGAUAAAAGAAUUGUAUUUUUAUUUAAAUCCAGUGGGUUGUGCAUGGCUUCCACCUCAAAACCAAUUCUGUAAUGGUGAGUUUACAACCUUUCUCAAUUUAGUUUUCUUUAAAAAGUUUCUUAUUGACUUUGGCAUGAUUCUCUCAAGAACGUCAAAUGAUAUCUCCAACUUUCAUUGUUUUAUCUCACACAAUAUAUCAUAG